AUGUCCUAUGUCGUGCGAACAGCCGUGGACACCUUGUCAGGGAUUGCCGCCAGGUACCUGACCACCGCCACCGAUUUGAUGAAUGUCAACAGCAUGGCCAGCCAGCAUAUUAAGGAUGAUGAUGUUCUUGCAAUCCCUUUGUCUGAGCUAGUUAGGGAAUUAAGUUGUUCUGGUAAUCUGGGGAAUAGAUGUACAAGGCAUGAGGAAGUAAUGUUACUCAGGAAGGUUGCAAAGUAUCCUGCAAAGCACGUUGUUGAUUUAUAUAUUUUGGACUUCCAAUCUGGGUUGAGGGCAUUGGCGAAAACUAGGUAUGGUGCACGGGCUACACCACAUGUGGAUGAACCUGUGGUGGUUGAUGCAGCUUGCUAUCAGUUGUGA